AUGAUAGAUACCCUGACCUUCUUCCCAUCAUUCCUUCAACCCUCCAAAUCCCUCUCGACAGUCCAAGUCCCCUCCCUAGCAGAAUUACGGAGACAAGCCGAACAACUAGCCUCAUCCAUACCCCCUAUUCCAGACUACUCCUGUCCACCGGGGAAAAUGAAAAAUGAGAUAAAUCUACCUCAACAGAGUAAAUCGAGAGGAUUGCCUAUCCCAUUCCUAACCGAGGAUGAAUCAUGGUACUCUUACACUUUCUCUUACACUCACAACCGACCACCAAACUCGUACGAUGCUCCUCCACCCAGAUACUCGGCCAGACAGGGAGGCGUAAGAGAGGAGGAUAAGGAAUAUAUAGAUGACAUUGAUAUUGGACAUGGGUAUGAUCAUAUUCACCGUCUGGGAAAGAACGCUUCUACACCUAGCAGUAGUAACAAAUUGUGGAAAACUUGGAAUGGAGGAUUUAGACCUAUACAUAUACAAAGUACUCUACCUAGCGAAAGUGAGAAUACUUUGCGGCCGAAGAGAGAGUACGGAAUGAAGGGUAGUGAGAGUUAUGCAGAGAGCGUUCGUAGUGCGUUAUCUAUCUCAUAA